AUGUCAGACUCAACCUCAGAUGAUAUAACAACAACAACAUAUUUGUCAGAUAGCAAUGAUCUUGAUGGCAGUUCGAAUCCUAAAAAGGCAAAAGUGACGAGAAAAACCCAUGGUGCUGCUGUGUAUCGCACAAAAUUUAAUCCACAGUGGCGAGAAAAAUUUCCUUUCAUCGACAAAGUAUCAGAUGAUAUUUACAGCUUUUACUGUAAUAUUUGUAAACGAAGUGUGAAAUGCAGUCAUAUGGGUAUAACCGACAUUGAAAGACAUGUUGGAAAUCAAAUGCACAUUGCUAAUGUGAAAGCCGCUCGCGGUCAGCGUACAAUCAACUUCCCUAGGUAUGACAGCCCAUUAAUUGAGAAGGUAUGUAAAAUAAUAUAAAUGUUAAACAGUGGUAAGCGGAUUGGCCUGUAACAUACGACCACUGACAUAUAUACACUGGACUGAGUUCUCCAAUCCAAAAGUGUCCACACAAAAGAUGAUGAAAGUUGACGUAUGCAACCUCGUGGUUGUUUGAGCACUCUGGCCCUAUGACACUCUGCGCAUGUCUGGAUGCGUUGAUGGCCCGUACUGUACCACAUGCGCCUGGGGGAGCAAGUUGCAUGUAUACAAAUACGAAAGUCAUCGCGUAUCUAGAUGUGUACCAAGCUGCACUGACGAGGCGUAGGACGAACAUGCAUGUCUGCAGAUUGUACUACAUAUACAUAUAUAUAUAUAUAUAUAUACAUAUAUAUAUACAUAUAGGUCUCACCCGCAAUAUUACCGCAUGCCAACACGAAAAGGCAGUUUGCGAGCCUGGUGAGCGAUUCAUUCCAUGAUUCUCAAAACCUACAUGACGCGGACACUUUCCGCAAGUAAAACUUAACAGAGUAAUCAAUCCAGGUUAGUAUAUCACUAUAGGUCAGUGCAUAAGACGCGCUAGCGACCGACGAAUUUAGCGGUUCGUUCAAUUAAAAUCGUUUGUUUUAAUUUAAAUUUGUCUGUAGAGCUUUAUGUGAAACAAGCCUUAAUCACUUAAAUGCUUUUCUAUGUAAUAUUUCUGAUGACGUCAUACAUGUUGAAAUUAAAGAAAUGUCUCUUUUGUUCACAGACUACUGUUCACAGACUACUCGUGCAGAGGUCAAGAUUGCAACAAUGCUGGUGAAGCAUAAUAUUCCACUCGCCGUGGCGGACGAACUCACUCCACUUUUUCAGGAUGUGUUCUCUGAUAGUCAAAUCGCAAAGAACUUUUCAUCAAGGAGAACAAAAACAUGUAUAAUAAAUGGUGCUGUCGCUCCACGUUUCCAAAGUAUCCUGGUAGAUAAGAUGAAAAAUGGAAUGGACCAUUUGCCCUAG